UACGUAAUGAACCGGUUCAAUAACAUUUCAAGUGGCAACAUGAAACGCAUUCAAUCGUAGAUCCCACCAAAAUGCUUUCAUGUUUUCAAUAAAUUCGACGACUUUGCACACCUCCCGCGUAAAAUAUAACGAAAAAUGGAUAGCGAGGACCGUGUAAUGCCAAAUAACCUCGAAUACAAUGAAUCUUUGAUUUCACGGAUUAAAACGCUCCGUUCUGUGCUUCGGGACCUUAAAACAGAUCUGAAGCACGAGAGACUGAAUCUUCAUCAGGAAAUUCAAAUGACGAUACUGCAAAAGUUUGUGAAGUUACCAUAUCACAGGAGGCAGAACUGCUGCCCAGGCAGGCACACACGGAUUCCAUGCAGCCCUGUGAAAUUGUACCAGCCGAUACACUCGUCGAUAGACACGUCGAAGACAGGCCAUCUAGCAUGCCUUGGGACUUGGAUGUAUCAGAGGACAAUCGACGAUCUACAAGACGAGCUGAACUCGUUCGAGCAACGUCUUUCAACGCGAACGCUCGGCUCGUACAGGAGGAAAAUUUACGACCUCGAGGCAAUCUGCUCUGCUGACCUCAACAGAGUAAGGUCCAGGUUCGUCAAAUCCCUGCAGGCUUUCCAGAAUACGAUUCACUCGAUCGAGGAACGCGGCCCAUGGAGAACCAAGCGUCCGGCUUGUCCAUGCUCUACGGAGACCCCGCAGGAGAAUAAUACAAACGGUUUAACGCUAGCGGGACCUAACUCGAGGAACGUCGGAUUCGUUCGAUCGGCGCGGAGGUCCAGGUCUGUCUUUCUUGAGAGUGACGUUCGAGGUACAUGGUGGACACGCAUCUCUUUAAAUCGAUUUAGCGACAGCGAAAUGUACAGCAAAUCCUAUAGAUCGUCAUCUUGCGUCGAAAGUCGACGGAAGAGAAGCAAGGAAUCUGUAGAUAGCUUGAAAGUUAACAAAAGCCUCACGGUAAUCUUCCCCUGCGCAUUCAAAGCGUCGCCUAUACUGUUUUAAUAAGAAAUUGCAUAAAUUUGAUAGUCGAUACUGUAAUUCACAAAGUAAUAUCCCCCAGGUGGUACAUAUUUUUGUUUCAAGUCAAUUAUUAUCGUAAAAUACGUGAAUAGUAAUCGUUGCAACAAUGUUGUAACGUCGAAUCUGGACAGAAAAUGAUGUACAAAGACUAUUCGAUUGUUCAAAAAUAUUCAGCAAAAACAUGAUGCCAAAUAAUCCGUUUGAUAAGGCGAAACAUUUAUAAGUAGACUGUGGAUUUUAUGCACUUAUAGCAAAAAUGAAUAAAUCAAACGCAAAACAGAAUGAACAUUUGAAGAAUUAAAAAAUAUUAUUAUAUCACCUUUAACUGCAUGACCUUCACUUAAUCAACUUGUGAAACUUAUCAAUCUUACAAUUCUUAAGAAACAAAAUAAAUUUCUCAUAUAGUUUCUGUAACUUACAAUUAAUGCAAACAAAUUUAUUUUGCAUAAAAAUUCACAGUUUAUUAUCAUGUCAAAAAUAGAGAAAAUGCUUCAUAAUUCUACAGCAGAAAAUAUCAUCCGUGUGCUUAAAACAUGUUAUUUAAGGAGUUUCGAAUCGAUGUAAUCUGAAAAGCAGCAAACCUACACGAAACAAAAACUGUAGAACGAUAGUUUUUUUUACAAAGAUUUUUAUUUUAUAAUAAAUCGAUGUUGGAGUUUGGCUGUUACAUGUGUGUUCAUUCUUUUAAUAACUAAAAAUGUCAAAUAAUAAAUUAAGAAUUUUCACUCUUAA